AUGACUGCAUCAGAUACUGAGCAGCAAGCAAGUAGUGAUGAUUGUACUUUGCGCACUCCUAUACAUUAUAGAGGUUUGACAGUUGAUGCUGACCGAUGGGUAGAAGAAAGCUCCAAAUGUCAGUAUUUGCCAGAAGAAGAAAUGAUUCUUUUAUGUGAUAUGUUAGUCACUCGUCUUGUUCAUGAAUCUAAUGUUGUUCAGAUAACAUCACCAGUAACUGUGUGUGGGGAUAUACAUGGCCAGUUUUUCGACUUGUUGAAAUUAUUUGAAGCUGGUGGUCGUGUUCCAUCUACAAGAUAUGUUUUUAUGGGCGAUUAUGUUGAUAGGGGUUAUUAUAGCUUAGAAACGCUGACAUAUUUGUUCACUUUGUUGUUGAGAUAUCCCGAAUCUGUAACUCUACUUCGAGGAAAUCAUGAAUCUCGUCGUAUUUCUGCUGUAUAUGGAUUUUAUGAUGAAUGUAUACAGAAAUAUGGACAAGCCAUGGUGUGGCGCUGUUGUUGUAAGGUCUUUGAUGUACUGCCCAUUGCUGCUCUUAUUGACGACCAUAUUUUGUGUCUUCAUGGUGGAUUGUCUCCAGAAAUAAAAACACUUGAAAAAAUGUAUACUUUAGACAGGGCUAUUGAGAUUCCUAGCAAAGGUGCUCUGUGUGACCUAGUAUGGUCUGAUCCAGAACCAUCCGAAGAAGGAUGGGAGUUAAGUCCGAGAGGCGCUGGAUGGAUUUUUGGUCAAAAAGUUACAAAAUUUUUUAUGGAAGCAAAUGACCUCAAAUUAAUUUGUCGAUCUCACCAAUUGGUCUUAGAAGGUUUUAAAUAUGUGUGGGAUGAUAUUUUGUGUACUGUUUGGUCAGCUCCAAAUUAUUGCUAUCGUUGUGGAAAUGAAGCAGCAGUCCUUCAAAUAAAUGCGAAUGAACGGCUAGUGAAGUACUUUGAUGAAGCUACCGAAAAUCAACGUGAAAAACCAGACCGGGUCGUUGCUCCGUAUUUUCUGUGA